CUCUCACUUCAUCGGUCAUGCAAUCAUAUCGGGAACGCACCGUCGAUUAUGACGUCAUCACAGGAAAUUCCCGGUACCAUAAGACGCUUGCAUUAAUAGCUGAAUAUGAAUAACAUAAUAUACCACCAGUGAUUUGAAUUUACUCGGCAUAACUAUAUGGUUAUAUGAGGCCUUUCUGUCUGAAAGGCAAAGGGAAAGACCAUUGACAUUGUAUCAAGUGCAACAUUCCCGCCAUGGAUGGAAGCGAGGAAUUGUUGUUGAUUAAGAAAUCGAAGGCGGACGGUCCAAACGAUCAGGCAAUAGUCAGUUUUGGAUGGCGAGUGUAUGGGCUAACUACCAUCACCCUACUCAAUGUAAUGAACUUCACUCAACAGUAUCUGCUCAUUGUUACAAUAUUUGGAAUGGCCAAUGAGCUGGAGUUUGGUGAAACAGAAUGUCAGGUGAUCAAAGAAACAGAAGCACGUGACUACCUCCACGAUCGCAAUAUUACCGGCCAGGAACUGUGUGCUGAGAGAGGAAGGUGUUCUGAAAACAGCACGUUUUUCUUACCAGAUGUGUGUGGCAUACGAUACACAGGACAAGGUACACUUUAUGACGUAUUAGCUGGGCCUAUCUACCUCAUAAUACAGGGUGUGGCAGCAAUUCCAAUCGUAGGCUUGUUUCAAAGGCUUUCUCUCAGACCGACAUUUGCCAUUGGGAUACUCACCGUGUUGUGGACCCUCUGUACAUUUACCACAGGCUUCGUAGAAAACUACUGGGCGAUCGCCUUGCUUCGCUUUUUUUUCGGCAUAUUUUCGGGUCCAUAUCCUCCUUUAGCUCUAGGAUAUUUAUCACAUAUCUUUCCGAAGGAGGUACACACUGUGGUCUUUGGGAUAGGACAGUACGGUAACCUCGCAGGGUAUGGCGUAUCAUACAUCUUCAUUCUUGUCAGUGAAAGCAUGGGAUGGAGAUGGUGUUACAUCAUCUGUGGUGGGUCAGGUCUCGUUCUCGCUGUCGCUUCUUGCUUCAUGGUAGUAGUGCAACCCAGAGGACAUCAUAAUCAAAACGAGAACACCUUGACGCCAUCUUUGAGCCAGCUUCGUAUCAGUUUGAGACAGAUUGCUUGGUCUUUCAUGGUAUUUAUAAUCCUCGCACAAACAGCACGAAUUGCAGUCGCCUAUGUUCUGUCUUUCAACAUCACCCUUUACUUGGUCGAAUACUUUCCAGAUUUUAACAUAUCUCUAGUUGGUGUGAUUACAAUAAUCGCAGCAUUUCCCAGCUGUAUAUUUGGAGGGAUGGUGUGCGAUCGUCUACGGAAAGUUGCUGGUUUACGCGGAAGGAUUUUCGUGACAGUCAUUCUCAUGAUAAUUUCGUUUAUAUGCGGAGUAUUGAUUUUCCAAACCAACCUUACCUCUCUGGUGAUUUCAUAUGGUAUCCUGACCCUCGUGGCGGAAUGCGUCUACUUAACACUGCUCUCUAUCAUCUCAGAUCUUACACCCAUGGAAUGCAAGCUGGUCGUCUUUGCCAUCGCUUACUUCUCCUUACACUCCGUUGCGGGAGCCAUCAAUCUCCUGAUCACCCCGAUCGCCUCUGCAACAAGCUUCAGACUAGCGCUCACGCUUCUAGUUGGAACCCUGUUCGGGUUAUGCUUAAUAUUUCUUCUCUUCGGCUGGGUUACCAUGCACAUUCAGAAAGUGAGCGAGAGUCAACUGGCCAGUCGAGAAACUGGGAAAGAACAAAGAGCGGGGGAGAUGACUGAGAAUACUCCCCUGGUAUACUCUCAUAACGGACAUGAUAAGGAUGCAUUAGUUGGGAAAUAAUUCUUAAUACACUAUAAAUGUUAGUGUUAUGCUAGUUCGUGUAUGUUGUUUCAGUUUACAGUUUGUUUUUAUUGUGAAUAGGGUAAACUAAAUCAUAAUGAUAUUGUGUGUUUACACUGUGAUUUGCAUGGCCAGAGCGGAUGACCCGUUUCAUAUAUGGUAUGGACGUACAAUUAUGGUAAACUUGCCACAAUUGUAACUGCCAUGGUAAUGGGGCUCAGCAGCUAAAUAAAAAUCGAAAUUCCCAUAAUGCAUUUUUGUAAGUUUUAUAAAAACUGAUGUCAGAUCUGUUGGGAAUAGGAGCUAACCAUGCAAGCUGUGGUUUUUCUAUUUAUAUUUUGAAAAUGAAAUGAUUUUAAGAACGGAUCCCAGGGGUUAAAUCUAAAUCCACAUUCAAAUGGUCAAUAUUAACAACCAAUCUGAAUUUUCCUUCUUAAAUGCAUGCGUUUAGAGUUUAGACCCCAAACCUUCUCGAUGUCGAAACAUACAUGAUUAUGAGCAGAUGUCUUGCAUAUAUUAUAGGCUGAAAGGGACCACAGAUAAAUGUUGUGCCCAGUGGUUUACCUUGGAAUACAAGAAUGUGUGCUGAAUAAUUUCUUAGUGCUUUCCCGUUUUUUUUUUUAUUUUCACUCUUAAUCCUGGUGUACCAAAUUUUCUUUUCUCUCUCACAUUUUGGCCCGUAUUCUGAAGUCGGGUUUAACUUAAACCAUGGUUUAUCUCUGCGCUAAAUUUAUGUGAAGCCAAAAUUGUCAAAAUUUGUAUGAAGUUGUGUGUUUCUUAAUAUGAUUGCUGUGCUCUUUCCUGAUUCAUCGAUGGUGAAGACAAUCAUCUCUUUAUACUUCCUAAACAAUUAUGAAUGGUUUGAGAGCAAAAUGACCUGAAAUAUAUCUCUACUGUUAGUGCUUUAUGUAACAAUUGGCUAUCCAUACUUAAACCAGUUCAAACCCGAGUUUAAGUUAAACCCAACUUCAGAAUACGGGCCAUAAUGACCAAGAUUUGAUUCCCUUUUAAGAACCAUUUCGCCACUGACUGUGCAUAUUCAAUUUCAGAAAAGUUUUCGUUUGAUGCUGCAUGAUUAUAUAUUGCGAAAUAAUAAAACAUAAUAGCCCUCUAUGGGGCAACGUGAUCGAGUGUUCAAAUCUUAAUUUUCAACGAAAAUACAAUAUGUGUUGUCUCCCCUUAGUUGUACGCUGUAAAUGGCUAGUCUUAAAAUAUACCUUCUGAUAUAACUAUUGGUAAUUCAGAGGAUGAAAUAGCCAAUAACUUUAUUUGGGUAUAGGAACCAAAACGUUCCUAUACUUUCAUGUUUGGAUUUGAAAUCAAUAGAAUAAACUUAAAACUCAUAAAUAAUUAAAUCUUGUACGAAACGAAAGGUAUCUGUUAUGGCACCUGGUAACAAUCAUUGCGAUAUUGAAGUAUUGAGCAGUGAAUAUCAAGUCAAUGAUGUCAAGUGAGCCUAUAUUACAAGACUACACUGCUGAGAAUGUUGCAUUAUGGGCAGUGAACCAUGGGGCAU